AUGAAAAACAUAGUUUCUAGAUUCUCUAUACCUUCAUGGAUCACACCCCAUUUUCUUUCUUGUAGCUAUACAACUAAAGUCGUUCAUGUCCAAGAUAAAAUCAAUGUUUUACACACAGAGUUUCAACCAAAAGGGUUUGAUUCAACCACUUUCGAUGUUGCCUGCAACAUGUUUGAUGAAAUGUCUGAACUAACUGUUCAAUCAGCUACCAGUAUAAUAUGUGGUUUCUCCAGGCGGCAUUCCCAUGAAGAUGCUAUAUAUCUUUUUUCGAGAAUGUUUGCAUCGACGAUUCGACCAAAUGAGUUCACUUUUGGAACCGUGCUUCACUCUUCGACCCGGCUUGGAAAUGUUGUUGUUGGUAAACAGCUUCAUGGCUGUGCUAUUAAAACCGGGCUUGGUAGUAAUGUGUUUGUUGGAAGUGCACUUGUUGAUUUGUAUGUGAAGUUGAGUACUAUAGAGGAAGCGCAGAUGGCUUUCGAGGAUACUCGGUAUCCUAAUGUGGUGUCAUAUACAACGCUGAUUGGUGGUUAUUUGAAGACGGAAAAGUUUGAAGAUGCUUUUCGGGUUUUUCACGAGAUGCCGGAGAGGAAUGUUGUCUCGUGGAAUGCGAUGGUUGGUGGGUGUAGUAAAACAGGACAUAACGAAGAGGCUGUGAGAUUUUUUAUUGACAUGCUUAGAGAAGGGUUUGUUCCGAAUGAGUCUACGUUUCCUUGUGUGAUUUCUGCAGCUUCUAGUAUAGCUUCACUUGGAAUUGGGAGAAGUUUUCAUGCGUGUGCAAUCAAGUUUCUGGGUAAACUUAAUGAAUUUGUUGGUAAUUCGCUUAUUAGCUUUUAUGCAAAGUGUGGAAGCAUGGAAGAAAGUCUCUUGGUGUUUGAUAAGAUUUAUAAAAGGAAUGUAGUGUCAUGGAAUGCUGUGAUAUGUGGUUAUGCACAUAAUGGAAGAGGCGUUGAGGCAAUAAGCUUGUUCGAAAGAAUGUGUUCUGUAGGCAUCAAACCGAAUAGGGUAUCCCUAUUAGGACUACUCUUGGCUUGUAAUCAUGCCGGUCUUGUUGACGAGGGUUACUCGUAUUUCAAUAAAGCUAGGAUAGAGAGUCCCGAUUUGUUAAAACCUGAGCAUUAUGCUUGCAUGGUUGACAUGCUUGCUCGCUCUGGACGUUUUACAGAAGCCCAGGGCUUCAUUCAUCGUAUGCCUUUCAAUCCAGGAAUCGGAUUUUGGAAAGCUAUACUUGGGGGAUGUCAAAUCCACCAUAACUUGGAGUUAGGGGAGCUUGCAGCAAGAAAUAUUUUGGUGUUGGAUCCUGAUGAUGUAUCGUCAUAUGUUAUGUUGUCAAAUGCUUAUUCUGCAGCAGGUAGGUGGUCAGAUGUGUCAAGAUUAAGGACAGAGAUGAAGGAAAAAGGGAUGAUGAGGAUUCCAGGUAGCAGUUGGAUUGAAGUCAGCGGCAAAGUUCACGCCUUUCUUAAAGCAGACGAGAAUCAUAAUAAAAAUGAUGAAAUUUAUGUGCUCCUAAGCAUUUUCUUUGUGCAUUUAAGAGAAAAUGAGAAUUCUGAUUGGCUCAACAAUUAUUUUGAUUUCAGUGCCGUAUAA